GCUUCCUUUGUUGACUAUGAUCAGAAAAAACAACCUUUUAACCUUUUCUGUUCACAUAAUUCGUCUCUGUUUUCUUUUUUUGUUACUAAUGAUUCUUUUUGUUCCACGAACUUCCCUAUUCUGAUUGGUGUUUUGUCAUUUACAGACACGCCACCCAAACUUCCUAAUCCUUAAAUGCAUCUUUGGCAUGCAUACUCAUUAAUGCUGCAACAAUGGAGUGUGAUCUUGAAUUGAAUACCAUAAUGGAGAUAAAGCUUUCAUAAUCAGCAUGGUGAAAGAAACUCUUUAUUUUAUUCUAUAUUUUGAAACGGUUGGUGACUAACUAGCAUGCGCAUGGUCUUUACUCCCAACACCAUGAGAAAUAGAUACUUAACAUUUAAUUACAGCUUAAAGUGUGGCAGGCAUGUGGACCUGCUUGCUUCACCCUUCCUGUCAUCAUGCUCUGCACGAACUGCAUCAUCACCUAUGUCUUUCCUUUCUUACAAACAUCACCCCCAUCAUAUAUUUUCUUAAAAUAUCUUCUGCUUCAGCCUUUCUUCUAUCAUCAUCACAUGUAUUCUUCUGUGGGUAUAUUUGCUCUUUCCUGUUACGAGUGACAGAAUGUCACACGAAGUGAAAAAUAAAGAAAAAGUAUCAGUAUUUUAAAAAUAGAUUUUAAAGUAUCAUUGUUCCUUGUUAUAAUUAUGAGGUAUCUUUUUCUCCUUAUACACUAUCUAAUAUAGCAGAACAUACAUAUGUUCUCUGAAAAAAUGUUAUUUUGUUUAUUUUGUUCAUACACUGCACACUGUUUUACUUUCUUUGGUAAAUAAAUCAAAUAGUUUUCAAUACUUCUGCUUCUGCUUUGCAGAAUAUUCUUUCACCUUUCUCCCGUGAAUUUAGCAACUUUUUUGGUUACUCUUGGUCAUAAAUGUGGGAGUGAAAGUUAUAUUUUGCGACUUUCCAUGGGUACACAUGCUUUUUAGCUAAUAGCACGACUUUGCUACACUAUAGCAGUAUGGAGGUAACUCCAUCUCCAUCAAACAUGUCCCUGCUGUGUUCUGCUGCUCAUUUCAUGGAGCUGGAAUGUGAUGAUGGUCCUGAAACACCCAAUUUGAAACCCCACAUUGAAAAGUUUCUCGAAGGAAUUCGUUUCUGGACUUGGUCUGAGCUCGUUGAAGCAUUGAAACAGUGUCAAGACUUAUUUUCUUUCAAAGGUUAUUUGGCCAUUCUGGACAGAAUUAUGGAUCACUUGAUAGAGAGGUUGGCAUCACCAGGCAUUACCAGUCCAAAUACAUGUUCCUCCAACAGAUCCAGCUUCCAGUUUUCUUGUGAUACAAGCAGCAAUAACAGCCUCAGAAAUAACUGCUCUGGGGCCACAUGGUGGUUUGAACAUCUUCUGUUCUUAAAGAUUGAUUUGUUGGACAAGGUCACAAGGACAAUGCUAUCUUAUGAUUUUGAUCAUGGUGUGGUCUCUAGAUUCCUGUUCUACUAUCACAACUCAACUUGUCUUGGUGCUGUACAGGAUGAGAAGAUUGAGACUACCGAGGUUGUUAUCGAUCUUCUUUUGCUGCUAGAUUUGAGAUCAAUUUCUUGCAAGGAUUUGUUCAAUCUAAAUCGAAUGGCUGUAGGUUUGAAAAUGAGCACAAGUUUCAUAGACAAGAUAGAAAGUCUUAUAGGUCCUCUUCUGGAUCAAACGACAAUUGAUUAUCUACUUCUUCCAUCUCCACGUGGGAGGGGUCAAGCAUAUGAUGUUGGUUUUGUCCUUAGACUAGUACACAUAUUUUUCUUUGGACACAGUUCUGAGGUAAAUUCAAAUAGACUGAAGAAAGUUGCGAAAAUGAUGGAUUUGUUCCUUGUGGAAGUUGCUCCAGAUCCCCGUCUCAAACCUUUUGAGUUUGAAGCAUUGAUUACCAUGCUCCCAGAUACUGCAAGGGAAUCUCAUGAUCAAUUAUACCUAGCCAUGGACAUGUAUCUCAAGGUCCAUGCAGGAUUAAGUGACAAAGAGAAGAUAAGUAUCUGUGGUACACUGAACCACGAGAAGCUGUCAGCCGAACUUCUGAGAAAUCUUACUAGAAAUUUGGUGUUUCCUUCAGAGGCAAAACCCAGAGCUUACGUUACUAAACAAAACAGGAUGAAAAGCUUGCUCCAGGAAAAUGAUCACUUGAAAAACUUCUUUGAAUCCGUAUUUCGUAAAAGCUUCAAGAACAUAGAGGUGAGCGAGGAUGUUGAAAAGAGAAGCUAUGAUGGGGAAGAGCUUAGAGGAGAUUCAGAAGGAAUGCAGAACGGGUCCCAACUAAAGAGGUCAGGGACUCAUAUUAUGAGCAAUGCUAUGUACCUCCCAAAACUCUGUUCAUGACCCUCAAUUUUGUGUUCAUCUCUGUCUAUGUAUUCUUCAAGUAUUAAAGGAGUAAAGUUAUGCAAAUCAUGUACAGAAAUCAUAUUCUAUGUAACAGUUUUCACAUAUGAUUUUAUACAAGAGAAUAUGUCAGUCGUUUGCUUUGUGCAGCUACGAGGAAUGAUUAUUCUGUCAACCUACGUACAAUACUCCUACUAAUCACUUCAGCAUCAUCACUUGUUUGCUAGAUUUGAAUUUGAAGUGAUGACGUUGGUUUUUCUGUUCUCCCCAUGACAGUAAACAGAGAAUGGAUAAUUCCAGAGAAUA